UGUCUAUAUACAGAUGUAUGUAUAUAUACAUAACUGUGAUUCGUUAAGAAUCUUUCAUUAUUGUUAAUUUUUAUACAAUGCCACCGAAGAAAGCUGGUCCUAGUGGUACCAAAGCUGGAAAGUCUAAAGGUGGCGGCGGUGGUGAUGAAGAUAAAGGGAAAGGAGAAAAGAAAGGAGGAACUGCUGUUAAGGUUCGUCACAUUCUUUGUGAAAAACAAUCUAAAAUUCUUGAAGCUAUGGAAAAGCUGAAAGCUGGACAAAAAUUCAAUGAAGUUGCUACAGCAUAUAGUGAGGACAAAGCAAGAUCUGGUGGUGAUCUUGGAUGGAUGACAAGAGGCUCUAUGGUAGGACCAUUCCAAGAAGCAGCUUUUGCAUUACCUGUAUCUAGUCUUGGCUCACCAGUCUAUACAGAUCCACCAGUCAAAACAAAAUUUGGCUAUCACAUAAUCAUGGUCGAAGGAAAAAAAUGAUUAGUUAGGUAUAUAUUUUAUGAACUUUGUUUAAUAAAGAUAUUUUUUUCUUGUAUACAAAAAAAGAGUCAGUACUUGUACAAUGCUUGUUGUCACUUGUCACUGCAUA